AUGUCACAGAGGGCGGGGGCAUCUGGAAUCCUGGGGGCUCCUGGCCUCAGCGUCAUCUGCCAGCAAGGCCACCCUGGUAGGUCAGUGCCUCCUGGGACCAGCCUUCAGAGACACGAUGAAAACGUGCCCGCCACCAGAAGCCAUUUCCAUCUAGGGCCACCCAGGUCCCAGCUGUUCUGCUUGCCUGCCUCUGAGCCUCCCCUUGAAGCUCAUCUCCCUUCCAUCCUGGCCACAGCCCCUGGGAGGCCCCUCAGAUGCCCAAAGGCCUCCCAUCUGCCAUCCCUGGUGCGACCAAGGCUCAAUUCAAAGCAGGAGGAAGAGGGGGUGGGGGUGGCCAUGGGGCGGCAGCAGCUGGCCCUGGCCCCAGGGGCUGCCCAGGCCUCACUGAUCCUGUGGGCGCUGCUGGUACCCUCACAGGCGCUGGUGCGGGCCGUGCUAGAUGGCAACUUGAGCACGGUGGACUUUGAAGAUUUGCCAGCCAUGUUCGGGACACCCCUGGCCCCCGAGGGUGUGCGGGGCUACCUGAUGGAGGCCAAGCCGGCUAAUGCGUGCCACCCCAUUGAGGGGCCGCAGCCGGUGGCCAAUGGCUCCCUGGGUGCCAUCGUCCUCAUCCGUCGCUACGACUGCACAUUUGACCUGAAGGUGCUACACGCCCAGCAGGCUGGCUUCAAGGCCGCCAUCGUGCACAACGUCCUCUCUGAUGACCUUGUGCGCAUGGCACACGUCUUCGAGGACCUGCAGCGCCAGAUCUCCAUCCCCGCGGUGUUCGUGGGCGAGGCCGCGGCGCAGGACUUGCGACUCAUCGUGUGCUGCGACAAGUCCGCCCACGUCCUCCUGCUGCCCAACUACCCGCCGUGCCCCAACCUGGACUGCCGUCCCGUGCUGGCCAUCUCCUGGGUUCUGGGCUGUGCCCUGGCCCUGCUCACAUCCACUUUCCUGGUCCUGCGACACCUGUGGAACUGCCUGAGGUCCUGGUGGGCCUGCGGGCUCACAGCGGCCAAGACGCCGGCCUGCCGGAAGGCCCAGGUCCGCACCUUCACGCGGCUCAAUGACACGUGCGCCAUUUGCCUGGACGAAUACGAGGAGGGCGAGCAGCUCAAGAUCCUGCCCUGCUCUCACAUUUAUCACUGCAAGUGCAUCGACCCCUGGUUCUCCCAGGCUGCCCAGCGCUCCUGCCCCGUGUGCAAGCGGUCAGUGCCCAGCACAGAAGACAGCUCUGACUCCACCAUCGAGAGCAUCGAUGAGGACCCCUCCCUGCAAGGCUACCAGCCCCCCAUCUGGGCCAUCCAGGCCCGGCUGCGCCCCCGGAGGCUGGAGCUGCUGGCCCGAGCCAGCCCACACCGCCACUGCAGUGCCGCCUCCAUGGGGGUGGCUGAGGCCGUGGGGUCCUCAGAGAGGCCCCCAGACUCACUCUGA